AUGUCUGAAGUACAAGGAACGGUUGAGUUUUCAGUGGAGCUACAUAAAUUUUAUAAUGUCGAUCUUUUCCAGAGAGGGUACUACCAGAUCCGCAUGACCUUGAAGGUGUCCUCAAGGAUUCCCCACAGACUGAGUGCAUCCAUCGUUGGGCAGACAGAGAGCACUGGUCUCUACUCAGCCUGCAUCCACGAGGGCACUGUGCACAGCCGCAUCUUUCAGAUCCUGUAUAGGAACGAAGAGGUGCCCAUCAGUGAUGUUGUCAUCUUCCGAGCUCACUUGCUCUUAGAUGGUGAAAGGAGUCUAGGUACUAUCCUGCAACUGCGGGACGUGGCGGGGGCGCCUGUCGUCAGCAGCCGUUCGCUGGGGCUGCACUUCCACCCGCGGAGGGGCCUGCACCACCAGGUCCCUGUCAUGUUCGACUACUUCCACCUGUCAGUGAUCUCCGUGACGGUCCACGCCGCCCUGGUGGCACUGCAGCAGCCCCUGAUCAGUUUCACUCGUCCGGGGAGAGGCUCCUGGCUUGGCAAAGGUGGCCCCGAUGGGGGCCCAGAGCAGUCCAGCAUCUCUCUGGAGAACCUGGUCUUCGGAGCUGGAUACUGUAAGCCAACUUCCUCCGAGGGGAGCUUCUACGUGCCCUCGGAGAACUGCAUGCAGCACGCCUACAAGUGGCACCGCGACCUGUGCCACCUGCUGCUGCACGCGUACCACGGACUCCGUGCCUACUUCCUGCUGCUCAUGCGGGAUGUCCCAGAGCUGCAGCCCAUGGAGCUGGAGGCCCUUGCUGUUGAGGAAACACUCUCUCAGCUGUGCUCAGAGCUACAGAUGCUGACCAACCCAGAGAAAAUAGCUGAGCAGAUAAGCAAGGAUCUCGCCUGGCUUGCCUCCCACCUGACAGCUCUGUGGACCCAGUUCCUGGACACAGUGACUCUGCACAGCCAUGUGACCACUUAUCUCACCCAGGAACAUCACACCUUGAGGGUUCGAAGGUUUUCGGAGGCCUUCUUUUACAUGGAACACCAAAAACCCGCAGUCUUGACCUUCCAGGAAAAUCUCAUACAGACCCACAGCCAGCUAUCCCUGGAUGUCCGGAAUUCAGAGUACCUGGCCAGCAUGCCCCCGCUGCCCGCGGAGUGCGUGGACAUCGACGGUGACUGGAGCACCCUGCCCGUCAUCUUCGAGGACCGUUACGUGGACUGCCCUGCCACAGGGCAUCCUGUGGAUGUUUAUCCUAAUAUUGAUGUGCCAGUGACAAGUCCCACGAGAAUGCCUCUAAAAGACAGAGAAGAGAAUAACGCAAGUAGCAAAUCAUCUUGCAGGGAAGACCUCAUCUUGCCUCCCAGGAAACCACCCCACAUGGACUCUGAGAAGGAGAUUAUUAGGGGCCCAGAUCCAAGUGAGAAUGAGGCCACCCCAAAUCACACAGACUUGUGCUCUGAAUCUCAAGUGUAUCUGACAAUUGGUGAAUUCCAGAACAAAGCAGGUGGACCUGAAGAAGAAAGUUGGACUGGACAAAGGCCUGAGGUUGGAACACACCCACUGGCAGAUAGGGACAUGCCUAUAAAAAGCCUGAGUCCAGAGGAUGGGCAUGUCCCAACGCUGACCUACAUUGAUGUGAAUUUAAACAAUAAGAACCCCAGCGGAGCAGAACCCAUGGUGGUUGACCCCGUGGUGGUCAUUAGUGCUCAGCAUGAGAAUGGGGCCUUGGGAGAUAGCCAUGCAUUAGACAGAACUGCACUAAGCAAAAUGGCAGCUGGCGGAAGUCAUCAAAAUGCCAUCUCUUCUGAAAAGACAACACUCCGUGAAUCAAGUCCUCUUGGGAAGGGAGUAGAGCAAGAGGGUAAGAUAGUGCUGCUAAGUGUGAAACCCCUCUCCUCUGAGCCCUGUGAACCUCUGAGCUCUGUUCUGAGGGACCCUUUUGACAUUAGGUCUUCCCCCAAGGACACUCACACAGAGGGACAGGAGGAGAUUUUAGUACUUUCUGGGGUCAUCAGGAGAUCUUCUUCUAUCAUAUCCGACUCAGGCAUUGAGAGUGAACCAAGCUCUGUUGCCUGGUCCGAGGCCCGGAGCAGGGCCCUGGACUUACCCAGUGACCGGGACAUCUUGCACCAGUUGGUCCGAAGACAUGCCCUCCACAGGAACUCCUUGGAGGGUGGACAUACUGAGAGCAACACAAGUUUGCCGAGUGGCAUCCAGGCUUCUCUCACUUCUAUCAGCUCCCUGCCCUUUGAGGAGGAGGAACGGGAGUUGGCACUUACCAAGUUGACCAAGUCUGUGUCUGCACCCCAAAUCAGUAGCCCAGAGGAGGCUGCUGAAGACACGGACACCAUGCAGCAAGGUGGAGGGCUUGCUGAAGCUUUAGAUGUACACACCAAGAGCAUAGAUUCCCCAGGAAAUUGCUCCCAAUUUUGUGGUGGCUCUAGUAGCCAUGAUGCUGGAGUGGACCAUUGCCUUGUGGAGAUCAUUUUAGAUGCUGAUGACCAUCAGGACCCUGGUUACAUAGACAUCCCCAAAGGCAAAGAAAAUCAGCUCGAUCCUCAAGGACACUGUAAUGUUGAUGGUAGAACUGAGAACCCCCCAGGUAUUGAUACCAAAGGUCUUAAUUUAAAAAUACCACGCAUCCUAGCACUUGAAAACUCCAGGGACAGAUCUUUCCAAAAAGCACUAUUGGAAACCCCAAAGAGCAUGCCUGAAGAUUUGAAUGUGGGGGAAAGAGUUCUUUCCAACAGCACCAUGUCAGAUGUCAAGGAUAUUGACCCCCAUCAGGUGCCUGUACAGAGCCACGCAUCAGCUGCUGGUGCCAUUGACCUGGAUCCAACAGGGGAGCAAAGUGGCCUACUAUGUGUCACUCAUGACACAGCGUUUACUAGAGUAGCUAAUGCCUCACCUGAGACUGUACCUAGAGCAGGCACCAUGUGCCCCACUGUGACUCAUUCCACCCACUCCCAAGAAUCUGAAAACCAAGAGCUGAAGGCAACCACUUCCAUCACAGUGUCCCCACUGACCUCUGCAGAGACCUUUUCCCUGGACAGCCUGAAGGCUGUAGAGGUGGUUAACUUAUCUGUGUCUUGCACUGCUACCUGUCUCCCUUUCUCAUCUGUGCUCAAGGAGACCCCUGCCAGGGUUGGAUUCUCCUCCAAGCAGACCCCAUUCCCCAUCACUCAUCAACCCCUGGGCUCCUUUGGAGCUGUUUCAGUGCAUGCCAGCAGGCUGGCAGAAGAAGUCAGUGAAAGAAUGUUUAGUUUCUAUCAGGCCAAAGAAAAAUUUAAAAAAGAACUGAAGAUUGAAGGAUUUCUGUACAGUGACUUAUCUGUACUAGCUUCUGAUGUACCAUAUUUCCCACCAGAGGAAGAGGAAGAAAAUAUGGAAGAUGGGAUUCACCUGGUUGUCUGUGUCCAUGGCCUGGAUGGGAACAGUGCAGAUCUCCGGCUGGUAAAGACUUUCAUAGAACUGGGGCUCCCUGGAGGAAAACUGGACUUCCUGAUGUCUGAGAAGAAUCAGAUGGAUACAUUUGCAGAUUUCGAUACCAUGACAGACCGGCUGCUGGACGAGAUCAUUCAACACAUUCAGUUGUAUAACCUCUCCAUAUCCCGAAUUAGCUUCAUUGGCCAUUCUCUUGGCAACAUCAUCAUCCGGUCAGUCCUCACUCGGCCCCGGUUUCGGUAUUACCUCAACAAACUACAUACGUUCCUGUCACUCUCUGGGCCUCACCUGGGGACCCUAUACAACAACAGUGCCCUGGUUAGUACAGGCUUGUGGCUCAUGCAGAAAUUGAAGAAAUCUGGGUCCCUUUUGCAGCUGACCUUCAGGGAUCAUGCUGAUUUGCGCAAAUGUUUCCUCUACCAGCUUAGCCAAAAAACAGGGCUGCAGUAUUUUAAGAAUGUUGUGCUGGUUGCAUCUCCUCAAGACCGCUAUGUGCCGUUCCAUUCAGCCAGGAUCGAGAUGUGCAGGACUGCUCUCAAAGACAGACACGCAGGGGCAAUUUAUGCAGAAAUGAUCAACAACCUUCUCCGCCCUCUGGUUGAAGCCAAGGACUGCACUUUAAUUCGACAUAACGUAUUCCACGCCCUGCCCAACACUGCCAACACCCUGAUCGGCAGAGCCGCCCACAUCGCUGUGCUGGACUCCGAGCUCUUCCUGGAAAAGUUCUUCUUGGUGGCGGGACUCAACUACUUCAAGUAG